CAGCAGGUUUCAAAAAGGUAACAACUUUCUAUGUGACUACAUGCCCCGUUCCAUGAUAAAUGAGAUGAGCAACAGUUUUAAUCAAGAUCACCCCGUAACCCGGCCGAGCAUCGUCAGCUGAGGCUUCCUGUGCGUUAUCUGUUAGCAAAUGUUAAUGAGCGUUGUUGUAAACUUUUACCGUCGUGUCUGUUUUUCACCUCAUCCAAAAAUCAAAAGUGCUCCCGCGCGCACACACACGCGCACACACACUCACCGCGCGCGCUUGAGUUCAUACGGCUCGUGCGCUCGUGGAAAGCUGAUGUGCGGCGCGCUCCGAGAGUCUCUCACAUUUCAGGAAGUGUCGGAAGUCCUCAGCUGCCGUCCGUCCGUCCCGCUCUAUAUUAUGGUCGCGCAGCCGUGACCCGCGUGGAUCGUCGGUGCGGAUCUCCGGUGGGGCACCAUGUCCACCCGGUACAGCCCGAGGCGUGCGCUCCUGCCCGCGGUCUGCGUGCUGACUGUCUGCUGCGCCGGGAGCGUGUUCACAGCCGCUGCCUAUUCGAAUCAACACGACACGCUGGAGCAUUAUGAAGUAAUCGAACCACACCUGCUCAUCAGAGGACAGCUGAGGCCGUUUAGUCUCAUAAGGUCAAUGGGUUAUCCUGGAUCACUGAAGGUGCUGAUUGAAGUGGAUGGAGAGCAGCUGCUACUUGCUUUGCAGAAAAAUGAAGGGCUGUUCUCUAGUCACUACACAGAAACACACUACCUGGAGGAUGGAAGUGCUGUCACCACCUCACCGAAUGUCACAAUUCACUGCUACUAUCAUGGCGAGGUGGAGGGUCACCCGGGGUCAGAGGUCAGCCUCAGCACCUGCACAGGACUCAGGGGACUGAUUUCACUUGAACGUGAAGUGUAUGUACUGGAGCCGAUGGAAGAGGGAAACACACACCGUCUUUACAGAGGAGAACAUCUUAAAGUCACCCGGGGAACCUGCGGACACGGUCAUAACAUUUCAUACCCUACAGAGGUGACGAACACCACAGGAGACGUCUUCAGCAGACACAGGCAUAAAAGAGACGCUCAGAGCAGCACCAAGCAUGUGGAGUUGAUCAUCGUCGCAGACAACCGCGAGUAUCAGAAACAGGGGAAAGACGUGGAGAAAGUGAAACAGAGGCUCGCUGAAAUAGCGAACUACGUGGACAAGUUUUACAGAUCUCUGAACAUCCGCGUGGCUCUGGUGGGGCUGGAGGUGUGGAGUGACGGAGACAAAUGCUCCAUCACACAGGAUCCGUUCACAUCGCUCCACGAGUUCCUGGACUGGAGGAAAGUCAAGCUGCUCCCGCAGAGACCCCACGAUAACGCUCAGCUCAUCAGUGGGGUUUACUUCCAGGGCACCACCAUCGGCAUGGCUCCCAUUAUGAGCAUGUGCACUGCAGAACAGUCAGGGGGCAUCGUCAUGGAUCACUCUGAUAACCCUCUCGGCGCUGCGGUGACUUUAGCCCACGAGCUCGGACACAACUUUGGCAUGAACCACGACACGCCGGAGCGAGGCUGCGGCUGCAGAGCCACCGUGGACCGCGGCGGGUGUAUCAUGACCCCCUCCACCGGGUAUCCUUUCCCUACGGUCUUCAGUACGUGCAGCAAGAAGGAUCUCGCGGCGAGUUUGGAGAAAGGUGUGGGCAUGUGUUUGUUCAACAUGCCCGAGGUGAAGGUGCUCUAUGGAGGCCAGAAAUGUGGAAACGGAUACGUCGAGGAGGGAGAGCAGUGCGAUUGCGGCGAUCUAGACGAGUGUCUGAAUCCCUGCUGUAACGCCAGCACAUGCACACUGAAAGAGGAAGCUGUAUGUGCGCACGGACAGUGCUGUGAAGACUGUCAGUUGAAGCCUGCAGGGACUCCGUGCCGUGAGUCCAGUAACUCCUGCGAUCUGCCGGAGUUUUGCACAGGCGCCGAUCCUCACUGCCCCGCUAAUGUCUACCUGCACGACGGACACACCUGUCAGGGAGUCGACGGACACUGCUACAACGGCAUCUGCCAGACCCACGAGCAGCAGUGCAUCACACUGUGGGGACAGGGUGCAAAACCAGCUCCAGGAAUCUGUUUCGAAAGAGUCAACUCAGCGGGAGAUCCGUAUGGAAACUGUGGAAAAGAUGCAAAGGGAUCGUUUGCCAAAUGUGAAGCACGAGAUGCUAAAUGUGGAAUCCAGUGUCAGGGCGGAGCCAAUCGGCCGGUGAUUGGCACCAAUGCCGUCUCCAUAGAAACCAACAUCCCUCUCCAGGAAGGAGGGCGUAUCCUCUGCCGCGGGACUCAUGUGUAUCUGGGAGAUGACAUGCCGGAUCCGGGCCUCGUGCUCACCGGCACCAAGUGUGGAGAAAACAUGAUGUGUAUAAACAGACAGUGUCAGAACAUCAGCGUGCUCGGGGUCCACGACUGUUCGGCCAAGUGCAGCGGACACGGGGUUUGUAACAAUAAUAAGAACUGUCACUGUGAGUCGCUCUGGGCUCCUCCGUUCUGUGAUAAAGCUGGGUUUGGAGGCAGUAUGGACAGCGGCCCGAUGAGACCCACAGACAGCAGCAGUGUGACGGUGGGCAUCCUGGUGGCGUUUCUGUGUCUUCUGUGCGUUGGAAUAAUCGCGUGCAUCAAGAGGAAAACUCUGCUCAGUCUGUUCUUCAGCAAUAAGAAGAACACCAUUGAAAAACUGAGGUCUGUGGGACCCAACAGACUGAACAGUCCAGCGCGCGCACUCUCUUCCGCUCACACACACGCCGGGACUCAAACACACUCCUUGUACAGAACGUCUCCUCAGCGCCAGACUCCAGCUUUACCACAAAGUGCCAGCAUUUAUAAGGCAUUCGAGAAGCCCAGUCCACCCCAGAAGCCUCUUCCCGCAGACCCGCUGGGUCGAAACCUCCGGGUGAUUCGAAAUCCUUCAGCCGUGCGACUUCCAGCACCCAUCCCGACCCCAGCCGCCCUGCGACCCGCUCCGCCUCACCCACAACCCUGCAGGCCUCCUCCUAAACAGCCGCCCACCCUGCCGAAGCCUCACUUUGCAGCCGGAGUGAAGUUCAGCAGCUGAGAGCCGGACAGAAUGGAUCUCGUCCCUGGAGACGCUCGCUUUUUGCACUAUGAACCUCUGCGGGACACGUGGUGAUGCGAGGAGUGACCUUUG